CGACACCGACACGGUUUUCAUCCUCCAUUUCCUUCAAGCAAAGAUAGCUACCACCUUAUUUAUCCCUUUGUGCUUUUAUUCUAAAUUGUCUUCUUAGAAAAGAAAAAUAACAAAAUCGUCAGAUUGAUAUGUCUUCUCCAAAUUCUACUUCAAAUUCUCUCUACCCAGAAGUGAUUCUUUCAAACCCGGAAGCUGCUUCUGCUUCUGCCUCUAUCGCAACUCCUGCUUCAUCUUCUUUGUACCCAUCAGUUGACAUGACAGACGUAGCGGAGAAGCUCUUCCCAGAGAACGACGCCGUUUCGCAAACUACAAACGUUCAACCGUCUGAGAAUCUUCUUGUCAAUAUACCUGGGGCCAUAGUUCAUCUUAUUGAAAGAGAGCAGAGUGUUGAACUGGCUUCUGGUGAACUCAGCAUAGUCAGUCUUUCGCAAGGUGAUAAUGUUUUGGCUGUUUUUGCACGUAUAGGGGAUGAAAUUCAAUGGCCUUUGGCAAAAGAUGAGCCUGCAGUGAAGCUUGAUGAGUCUCACUAUUUCUUCACUCUUCGUGUACCCGAUCAAGACAAUUAUGAGUUGUUGAAUUACGGGUUAACGAUUGCCACCAAAGGGCAAGCUCACUUAUUGAAAGAGUUGGAUCGAGUUUUAGAGACUUACAGUUGUUUUUCGGUUCAGAAAGUGAGGAACAUGGAGAGUUGGGAGGUGGUGGCAAGGGAGAUGUCACCAGAGGAGUUGAAUUCAGAAAAUAAUAAGGAGUAUAUGGAGAAAAACUCGGCAGCUUAUUGGACUACUUUGGCUCCGAAUGUUGAGGACUAUAGUGGGACUUUUGCGAGGAUGAUUGCGGCAGGCUCCGGGCAUUUGAUUAAGGGUAUUUUGUGGUGUGGCGAUUUGACUGUGGAUAGGUUGAAUUGGGGGAAUGAGUUUUUGAGGAAAAGGAUGGGACCGGUUUCAAAAUCUGAGAUCAGUCCUGCCACAAUCAACAGGAUUAAAAGGGUUAAGCAGUUGACAAAGAUGUCGGAGAAAGUGACCAAUGGAAUUCUUUCUGGGGUUGUCAAAGUGUCCGGAUUCUUCACAAGUUCAAUUGUGAACUCUAAAGUCGGCAAGAAAUUUUUUAGCCUUCUGCCAGGAGAACUUGUCCUUGCUACCUUGGACGGAUUUAAUAAGGUCUGUGAUGCAGUUGAACUUGCCGGAAAAAAUGUCAUGUUGACUACAUCAGUUGUGACAACUGGGCUUGUUUCAGAGAGGUAUGGGGAGGAAGCGGCAAAGGCAACCAAUGAAGGGCUAGAUGCAGCAGGACAUGUAAUUGGCGCUGCUUGGGCUGUUUUCAAGGUAAGAAAGGCACUCAAUCCCGCAAGCGCAUUCAAACCCACAACCCUUGCAAAAGCUGCCGCAAAAUCAAAAUAUGCCGAAUUGAAAGAAAAACAACAGAAGUAAUAGGGGCUACCCUUUGUUUACCAUUGUUUAUGACAGCAAGAAUGGUUUAAGAUUUCUGCUAGUAUUCAUUAAGAAAGGUUUUUCCUUUUUGACCUUUUCGCAGCAGUUUGGUUUGUGAUAUAAGAAAAUUAUCUUAAUAAUCUAGUUUUUAUUACUUA